UCCAGACUGGCAGCGAAUCCCGAGGAAACCGGAGUGGGACAAAGGCGCAGGAGCCCGGCACAAGUUGGUGCAAGCAAAGAAAACCCGGGAAUAAAAAAAUUCCUUUUUCCAAGGUUUCUUAAGGAUCCUUCCUGACUUUCCGUGUUUCUCUUGGAUCCCAGCACGGAGGCUGCAGCCUGCCCGGAGAACGGCAGCUGGGGAAGAGCUGGGCAAGCAAAAUCCAGGGAUUCUGAGGGACGAGGAGCUGCCGGAGCUCGGCACCGGAAUCCAGCAGCGUUUUCCUUGGAAAACACACAAAAUCCUCCAGUGUUUUGGGCUUUUCCACCAGGAGCUGCCCACGAAGAAAUUUUAGAUCCUCCUGGGGGAGAAAAAUUAAACAAAUCCCGGAGAAAUCCUUUCCAAGAGGAAGCGCAGCGUCCGGACAAUCCCAGCCCUGAGGAUGCCUCGUUUCCUGCUGCUCCCGAUCCAAGGAGCGCCGGAGCCGUGAGGAGAUUGAGGCUGGGGAGAAGAUAAAAGCUGCUCCUGAGGAUGAGCGCCGUGAUCCUGCUGCUCCUGCUUUCCGCCGGGAAUGCCGGAUCCCAGCCGGACACGGCCCUGCCCAGGCGGCGCCUCUCGUGCGUCAGGUGCUGCGGGCCCUCGGAGCAGCCCGUGUCCAUCUUCUCCCAAAGGUCCGCCAGGAUGAGCGGAGAUCCCCAAUAUUCCCUGCCCAAAAUCCAGCCCACCAUCGACAUCACCAUCCUCAAAGGCGAGAAGGGCGAGAUGGGCGAGCGGGGAUUCCCCGGAGCAGCCGGGAAGGCGGGAGAGCGAGGAUCCCGCGGCCUGAGCGGCCGCAAGGGCCAGAAGGGCCAGCCCGGCCCCCAGGGCCACUCCUGCAAGCAGCUCUUCGCCGCCUUCUCCGUGGGCCGCCGCAAGCCCCUGCACAGCUCCGACUACUUCCAGCACGUCACCUUCGACACGGAAUUCGUCAACCUCUACCAGCACUUCAACAUGUUCUCCGGGAAGUUCUUCUGCUACGUGCCGGGGGUUUACUACUUCAGCCUCAACGUGCACACCUGGAACUUCAAGGAGACCUACGUGCACCUGAUGAGGAACGAGCAGGCCGUGGCCAUCCUGUACGCCCAGCCCAGCGACAGGAGCAUCAUGCAGAGCCAGAGCCUGAUGCUGGAUCUGCAGGAAGGGGAUGAGGUUUGGAUCCGGAUGUUCAAGAGGGAGCGGGAAAACGCCAUUUACAGCGAGGAGUCGGAUGUUUACGUCAUCUUCAACGGGCACCUGAUCAAACCCGCCCUGGAGUAGGAGCUCCUCGGCUCCAGGGGGAAGCUUCGGCUCAUCCAGCGGUGUCUUCCCUCUAGAAUUCCCUUUGGAAUGGUUGCAGCCCUGGAAGAGCUGGUUUUCCACAGCUGCGUGGAUCCAAGCCGUGCAAGAAUUCCAGAAGGUUCCCGGCUCCCUUUGUGGCUCCUCAGGAACAUCCCUGGAGUUUGUCCGAUUGACAGCAAAAAUGUUCCCUUCUUUCUCUGCCUCUCCCGUUCCAUCUGGAAUAUUUGCAGCCCUUGGAAUGGUGUUUUUCCCAUUCGUUAUGGAUGGAGGGGACUGUCCCAACUGCACAAGAAUUCCAGAAGUUUCCCAGCUCUCCGUGCAGCCCCUCAGGAACAUCCCUGAAGAGUUGCCAGGUUAGCAGCAAAGCUUUCCCUUCUUUCUCCAGAUCCCUCAUUCCAUUUGGAAUAUCCGUAGCCCUUGGAAGGGUGGUUCUCCACCCCUGUGUGGAUGAAGGUGACUGUUCCACCUGCACAAGAAUUCCAGAAGGUUCCCAGAUCCCUGCAAAGACCCUCAGGAACAUCCUGGAAGAUUCUGCCACGUUGACAGCAAAAAUUUCGCUUUGCUCUGCGUCUCCUGUCCCAUUUGGAAUAUUUGAAGGGUGGUUUUCCCCCAUCCCAUGGAGGGAAAUGUUCCACCUGCACAAGAAUUCCAGAAGAUCCCCAGCUCCCUGUGUAGCCCCUCUGGAACAUCCCCAAAAAUUUGCCAAGUUGGCGGAAAAAUUCCCCUCCUUUGCUGUGCAUGUGAGAAGGAAUUAUAAUAAUUAGGAUAUAAUUAUGAUAAAAUAAUUAUACCUAAGGACCAGAGUGGUUAUCCAGGUGCUAAUUAUGGAAUUUCAUCAUUCCCGCAAAAAUCUCGGCUAAUUAGAGCCCCCUCCCCCUCAGCAGCACCAACGUGGCUCCUCUCAGGCAGGGAUUUUGGCAUUAAAAUCAGUAUUUUGCACGGGAAUUAAUCCCAAAUUCCGGUUUGGUUCCAUUCCCUGUCACAUUCCAUGAUUCCAGCAGAAUGGUGGAAUUAGAGAAAUGACAGCACACGGAUUCGGGAAAGCUUUUCCAGGGAAACAGAACUCGGUACCACCACGAGCUCCAGAGAAAAACUUCCCAUAAGAACAUCCAACCCGGCUGGGAAUUGGAACAAAUUGGUGGGAAUUUGGGAUUUUCCAAGCUGGGAUUUCAGGCUGUGCUCCCCUCUGGACAUUCCCAUUUGGAGCACCAUAAUUUCUGGAAAAUGGAGAAAAAAACUGGAAAGGAAAAGGAUUUUUUUAAAAUUAUUUUUAUUUUUAGGGAUUUGGGAUUUUUUUUUUUUUUUUUUUUUUUCCCCAGA